UUUCAUCUGUCCUUGUUUUUAAUCUACUCUGUGAUGUCAUGUAGACUUCCAUGAGAGGAAUUUACCCCCAAAGCUUGUUUUCUAACUGAUCUAUAAAGCCUUUGUGUGUGUGGGAGAACUGCUGUUAUUGGAGAUCUUGUGUCAGAGGUCGAUGACGCAACUCCAGCAAAUCGAGGUCAAAUUAUGCUCUUUGGGAAAUGUGCAGACUACUUACAUUACAAGAAUUAGUUCAAGUUAAAGUGUUGUUGCUAAUCAACCCGUGACGUCAAACCACAACUUCUCAGAUUUACCCUGAACUACUGGAAGUGGUAAGUCAGCCUUGAAUGAGAGGUGGGAGCUCAGGUGUGUUGUGGACACACUCAAUAAUAUUACUGCUUUUUGUGUGAUAAUGUCUAGAUGUUAUUGUUGAAGAGCUCAAGGAUGUCUGGUGGUGGGUACACAGAGUCCCUGAAGCACCCAAUAAUAGAGAGACAGUGGAGCACCCAUAAUUCAACGGGUGAAAAGGAAGACCAGAGGAGCGAGUUGUCAUUCUUCUGUUCCAGACCAUCCAGACUUAAGACCAUGUUCAGACUGUUCAACUGCUGGGUUUUUGUGUCUGUCCUCCUGCGUGGACCUGCAGACUUAACUUCAAAUGCUUCCACCCAGGAUGAGCUUCUAAAUGUGACUGAGGAGGACACAGGCUGGGAUUCACCUUUUCUUCAGCUGAGAGCCAAUCUCCCAUCUUACUCGCAGCCAAUUCGCCCGUACGCCCUGCCGACAAACUCAGAAGACUACCAUUACGUGCCCGAAUCCAGACAUCGCCGACCCUCUCGUCUCCUGCGUAUUCUGGGAUCCUCCUUUGACCCGUUCUGGAUGUCUAUAGAUCAACCAUCCAUAACCUCUGGGGUGUUGACUUUAGAGGGAGAUCAGGAUGAUGGUCAACCUCUGUCACUGUCUACUAAAUUACCCAACUACACCGCUUUGAGAGAAAAGGUCAACUUGAGCACCUCUUCAGACCUGAGAGAGGCCACAGCACAUCGUCGCCUGAAGCUAGAGGAGGAAGCUGCAGAUCUGGACUUUGGUUUUCUACCUCCAGAUGUUGCCAGUUCAGUAAGAGCUUGGCUAGUGCGCUCAGCUGCAUGUGGAUUACGUUACCAGUGGGUGGAUCUGGGCGCUGCUUACUGGCCACGUUGGCUGCGGCAGACAGAUUGUGAAAGAUCAGACGGAGGGCGAAGCUGUUCCUUUCCCAUAGGGAUGGACUGCAGGCGAGCUCAAACAACGCACCUAAAGAUUCUGGCGUGGCACUGCCUGGAGAUCAGAGAGGGAGGUGAUGGGUCCAGAAGGAUUAAGGCUGACUGGUCUGAUGGCAGCACUGAGAUGGGAACAAGUGAAGCAGUGAGAAGGUGUUUAUGGAGGCAGGUGCCGUAUCCUGUGGUCACAGCUUGCACAUGCUUGUGUAAAUGAUUUUCUCACCAGUGCUUCAAAUUUUCAGCUCACCUGCACCUGGGUCUCCAUAUGCUCAUGUUUUUAAAAUUGUUAUUCAUGUAAGACAAAAGGCAGAGAUUGCUUGCUUAUUAUUUGUUUUAGGUAGAAUUUAAUAAACAUAUUAAUUUUUGACAGUUACUUUAAAUUUACUCUUUUUCUUUUUUCCACUGACCAGCUUCACUGAAGCAGCAUUUGUACAAUCUGCCUCUUUAAAUUUCAAGUAAAUGUUUUUUAUCACCAAUAAUGAGGGCACAGUCCCAUAGUGGUAUGUGGGUUGUGCUAUAUAAACAGCCAUGUGGGAAAAUAAAGUAUCAUGUUGCACAUAGUGGUUGCAAUACUGUGUGAUAUUUUCAUUUCCUGUUUCUUACAUUUUCACAAUUACUGUUGCAUAGAUAAACAUGGCAAUCUCAAUCUCAAGUAGAUCUGAGUGUCAGAUUUUCUCCUGUUGUGCCAUUU